GUAACGGGGCGGAAGAAGUCUUCACCACUCGAUUCUGCGACCGAUGUCGCUUCUGUGACUCUUGGGGAUACGACAGCUGCCAAAACCAAAAUACUUAUGAAGAAAGGGAGAGGGAGUCUGGACAAAGCCGCCCUGGACCUUGGCGCCCCCGCCCCCGCCCUGGAGAAGGAGAAGUCGCUCUGCCUCUCCGCCCCCUCGUCCAGCGCGGUCAAACACUCCACCUCCUCCAUCGGCUCCAUGCUGGCCCAGGCGGACAAGCUGCCCGUGACCGACAAGAGGGUCGCCAGCCUCCUGAAAAAGGCCAAGGCCCAGCUCUGCAAGAUUGAGAGGAGUAAGAGUCUUAAGCAAACUGACCAGCCCAAAACACAGGGUCAAGAAAGUGAUUCAUCAGAGACCUCUGUGCGAGGACCCCGGAUUAAACACGUCUGCAGAAGAGCUGCUGUUGCCCUUGGCCGAAAGCGAGCUGUGUUUCCUGAUGACAUGCCCACCCUGAGUGCCUUACCGUGGGAAGAACGAGAGAAGAUUCUGUCUUCUAUGGGGAAUGAUGACAAGUCCUCAAUUGCUGGCUCAGAAGAUGCUGAACCUCUCGCUCCACCCAUCAAACCAAUCAAACCUGUCACCAGAAACAAGGCGCCUCAGGAGCCUCCAGUGAAGAAGGGACGGCGGUCAAGGCGGUGUGGGCAGUGUCCUGGCUGCCAGGUGCCUGAGGACUGUGGUGUCUGUACUAAUUGCUUAGACAAGCCCAAGUUUGGUGGCCGCAAUAUAAAGAAGCAGUGCUGCAAGAUGAGGAAGUGCCAGAAUCUGCAGUGGAUGCCUUCCAAAGCCUACCUUCAGAAGCAAGCAAAAGCUGUGAAAAAGAAAGAGAAAAAGUCUAAGACCAGUGAAAAGAAAGAGAGCAAAGAGAGCAGUGUUGUGAAGAACUUGGUGGACUCUAAUCAGAAACCUACCCCACCAGCAAGAGAGGAUCCCGCCCCCAAGAAAAGCAGCAGUGACCCUCCCCCGCGAAAGCACACUGAGGAAAAGAGUGAAGAUGGGAAUGCCCCAGCUCCAGGACCUGAGUCCAAACAGGUUACCACACCAGCUUCCAGAAAGUCCAGCAAGCAGGCCUCUCAGCCAGCCCCAGUCAUCCCCCCACAACUGCCCAGCACAGUACCACCAAGAAAAGAAGUUCCCAAGACUAUGCCCAGUGAGCCCAAGAAAAAGCAGCCUCCACCACCAGAAUCAGGUCCAGAGCAAUGCAAGCAGAAAAAAGUGGCUCCUCGCCCAAGUAUUCCUGUAAAACAAAAACCAAAAGAAAAGGAAAAACCGCCUCCAGUCAAUAAGCAGGAGAACACAGGCACUUUGAACACCCUCAGCACUCUCUCCAAUGGCAGUACUUCUAAGCAGAAAGUCCCAGCAGAUGGAGUCCAUAGGAUCAGAGUGGACUUUAAGGAGGACUGUGAAGCAGAAAAUGUGUGGGAGAUGGGAGGCUUGGGGAUCUUGACCUCUCUUCCUAUAACACCCAGGGUGGUUUGCUUUCUCUGUGCCAGUAGUGGACACGUAGAGUUUGUGUAUUGCCAAGUCUGUUGUGAGCCCUUCCACAAGUUUUGUUUAGAGGAGAAUGAGCGCCCUCUGGAGGACCAGCUGGAAAAUUGGUGUUGUCGCCGCUGCAAGUUCUGUCAUGUUUGUGGAAGGCAGCAUCAAGCGACGAAGCUGCUGGAAUGUAACAAGUGCCGAAACAGCUAUCACCCCGAGUGCCUAGGACCUAACUACCCCACCAAACCCACAAAGAAAAAGAAAGUUUGGAUCUGUACCAAGUGUGUGCGCUGCAAGAGCUGUGGGUCCACAACCCCAGGCAAAGGGUGGGAUGCACAGUGGUCUCACGACUUCUCGCUGUGCCAUGACUGUGCCAAACUCUUCGCUAAAGGAAACUUCUGCCCUCUCUGUGAUAAGUGUUACGACGACGACGACUAUGAGAGUAAGAUGAUGCAGUGUGGGAAGUGUGAUCGCUGGGUCCAUUCCAAAUGUGAGAAUCUUUCAGGUACAGAAGAUGAAAUGUAUGAGAUUCUAUCUAAUCUGCCAGAAAGUGUGGCCUACACUUGUGUGAACUGUACUGAACGUCACCCUGCGGAGUGGCGGCUCGCCCUUGAAAAAGAGCUACAGACAUCUUUGAAGCAGGUCCUCACGGCCUUGUUGAACUCUCGGACCACCAGCCAUUUGUUACGCUACCGACAGGCUGCCAAGCCUCCAGACUUAAAUCCCGAGACCGAGGAGAGUAUACCAUCCCGCAGCUCCCCAGAGGGACCCGACCCGCCUGUGCUUACUGAGGUCAGCAAGCAGGAAGAUCAGCAGCCUUUAGAUCUGGAAGGAGUCAAGAGGAAAAUGGACCAAGGCAACUACACAUCUGUGUUGGAGUUCAGUGACGAUAUCGUGAAGAUCAUUCAAGCAGCCAUUAAUUCAGAUGGAGGGCAGCCAGAGAUUAAAAAAGCCAACAGCAUGGUCAAGUCCUUCUUUAUUCGGCAAAUGGAACGUGUUUUUCCAUGGUUCAGUGUCAAAAAGUCCAGGUUUUGGGAGCCAAAUAAAGUAUCAAGCAACAGUGGGAUGUUACCAAACGCAGUGCUUCCACCUUCACUUGACCAUAAUUAUGCUCAGUGGCAGGAGCGAGAGGAAAACAGCCACACUGAGCAGCCUCCUUUAAUGAAGAAAAUCAUUCCAGCUCCCAAACCUAAAGGGCCUGGAGAACCAGACUCACCAACUCCUCUGCACCCUCCUACACCACCAACUCUGAGUACUGAUAGGAGUCGAGAAGAUAGUCCAGAACUGAACCCACCUCCAGGCAUAGAAGAUAACCGACAAUGUGCAUUGUGUUUGACUUAUGGUGAUGACAGUGCUAACGACGCUGGCCGUUUGCUGUACAUUGGCCAGAACGAGUGGACACAUGUGAACUGCGCCUUGUGGUCGGCAGAGGUGUUUGAAGAUGACGACGGGUCUCUGAAGAACGUGCAUGUGGCCGUGGUCAGGGGCAAGCAGCUGCGGUGUGAGUUCUGCCAAAAGCCAGGAGCCACUGUGGGCUGCUGCCUCACAUCCUGCACCAGCAACUACCACUUCAUGUGUUCCCGGGCCAAAAACUGUGUCUUCCUGGAUGACAAAAAAGUAUAUUGCCAACGGCAUCGGGAUUUGAUCAAAGGCGAGGUGGUCCCUGAGAAUGGAUUUGAAGUUUUUAGAAGAGUGUUUGUGGACUUUGAAGGAAUCAGCUUGAGAAGGAAGUUUCUUAAUGGCUUGGAACCAGAAAAUAUUCAUAUGAUGAUUGGUUCCAUGACAAUUGACUGCUUAGGAAUUCUAAACGAUCUUUCUGACUGUGAAGAUAAGCUUUUUCCUAUUGGAUAUCAGUGUUCCAGAGUGUACUGGAGCACCACAGAUGCUCGCAAGCGCUGCGUGUAUACGUGUAAGAUAGUAGAGUGCCGUCCACCAGUUGUAGAGCCAGACAUCAACAGCACUGUUGAACAUGAUGAAAAUAGGACCAUCGCUCAUAGUCCAACAUCUUUUGCAGAAAUUUCAUCUAAAGAAAGUCAAAACACAGCUGAAAUUGUAAGUCCUCCAUCACCAGACCGACCUCCUCAUACUCAAACCUCUGGUUCCUGUUUUUAUCACGUCAUCUCAAAGGUUCCUAGGAUUCGAACACCCAGUUAUUCUCCGACACAGAGAUCCCCUGGCUGUCGGCCAUUGCCUUCUGCAGGAAGUCCUACUCCAACCACUCAUGAAAUAGUCACAGUGGGUGAUCCUUUACUCUCCUCUGGACUUCGAAGCAUUGGCUCCAGGCGUCAUAGUACUUCUUCCGUAACACCCCAGCAGUCUAAACUCCGGAUGAUGUCUCCCAUGAGAACUGGGAAUACCUACUCCAAGAAUAGUGUUUCCUCAGCCUCCACCACAGGGACCACUACAGAUCUUGAGUCAAGUGCCAAAGCAGUUGAUCAUAUUUUAGGGCCACUAACUUCAAAUACUCAUUUAAGGCAAAACACUCCCACCUCUUCAAACUUGCAAAGGACAGUGGUUACUAUGGUCGCUAAAACCAGUCACUUGGAUGGCUCUUCAUCCUCAGAAAUGAAGCAUUCCAGUGCUUCAGACUUGGCAUCCAAUAGCUCCUCUUUGAAAGGAGAGAAGACCAAAAUACUGAGUUCCAAGAGCUCAGAGGGAUCUGCACACAGUGUGGCUUACCCUGGCAUUCCUAAACUGACCCCACAGCUUCAUAAUACAUCUGGCGAAUUAAAUGUUAGUAAGAUGGGCAGUUUUGCUGAAUUCUCUUCAGUGCCAUUUUCUUCUAAAGAGGCUCUCUCCUUCCCGCCGCUCCAUUUAAGAGGGCAGAGGGGUGAUCGAGACCAACAUGCAGAUUCCAACCAGUCAGUAAGUCCCCCUCCUGAUGAAGAUAAUGACCUCAAAACCUUGAAGCUUUCUGGAGUGAGUAACAGGUCGUCUAUUAUCACUGAACAUGUGGGAUCUAGUUCCAGAGACAGGAGACAGAAAGGGAAAAAAUCUUGUAAAGAAACUUCCAAAGAAAAGCAUUCCAGUAAAUCCUUUUUGGAACCUGGUCAGGUGAUGGCUGGUGAGGAAGGAAACCUAAAGUCAGAGUUUGUUGAUGAAGUUUUGACUCCUGAAUUUAUGGGGCCACGACCAUGUAAUAAUGUUUCUUCUGAUAAGAUUGGGGACAAGGUCAUUUCUACUCCAGGAGUCCCCAAGGCUCCAUCCAUGCAAGUAGAAGGCCCUGCCAAGGAAUCACAGACACCCCGGAAACGCACAGUGAAAGUGACACUGACACCCCUGAAGAUGGAGAGUGAGAGUCAGUCCAGGAAGACCCUGAAGGAAAGCAGUCCUGCUUCCCCUUUGCACAUGGAGUCAGCAUCUCCAUCAGAACCAGUUUCAGCCUCUGGAAGUCCAGGAGAUGGUCCAGUGGCCCAACCAAGCCCCAAUAAUACCUCAUCCCAGGAGUCUCAGAGUAACAACUAUCAGAAUCUUCCUGUACAGGACAGAAACCUAAUGCUUCCAGAUGGCCCCAAGCCUCAGGAGGAUGGUUCUUUCAAGAGGCGGUACCCUCGCCGUAGUGCCCGUGCACGGUCUAACAUGUUCUUUGGGCUCACCCCGCUCUAUGGAGUGAGAUCCUAUGGUGAGGAGGACAUUCCGUUCUACAGCAGCUCCACGGGGAAGAAACGGGGCAAGCGGUCAGCCGAAGGACAGGUGGAUGGGGCUGAUGACUUGAGCACUUCAGAUGAGGACGACUUAUACUACUACAAUUUCACUAGAACGGUGAUUUCUUCAGGAGCAGAGGAACGGCUGCCAUCCCAUAGUUUGUUUCGGGAGGAAGAACAGUGCGAUCUUCCAAAAAUUUCCCAGUUGGAUGGUGUUGAUGAUGGGACAGAGAGUGAUACUAGUGUCACAGCCACUACGAGGAAAACCAGCCAGAUUACAAAAAGAAAUGGUAAAGAAAAUGGAACAGAGAACUUAAAGAUUGAUAGACCUGAAGAUGCUGAAAAAGAACAUGUCAUUAAGAGUUCUGUUGGCCAUAAAAAUGAGCCAAAGAUGGAUAACUGCCACUCUGUGAACAGGGUUAAAGCCCAGGGCCAGGAUUCCUUGGAAGUUCAGCUCAGCUCAUUGGAGUCAAGCCGCAGAGUCCACACAAGCACCCCCUCGGACAAAAAUAUAUUGGACACCUAUAAUACUGAGCUCCUGAAAUCCGAUUCAGAUAAUAACAACAGUGAUGACUGUGGGAAUAUUCUGCCUUCAGACAUUAUGGACUUUGUACUAAAGAAUACUCCAUCCAUGCAGGCUUUGGGUGAGAGUCCAGAGUCCUCCUCAUCAGAACUCCUGAAUCUUGGUGAAGGUUUGGGUCUUGACAGUAAUCGUGAAAAGGACAUGGGUCUCUUUGAAGUGUUUUCUCAGCAGCUUCCAACAACAGAGCCUGUGGACAGCAGUGUCUCUUCCUCUAUCUCAGCAGAAGAGCAGUUUGAGUUGCCUCUAGAACUACCAUCUGAUCUCUCUGUACUGACCACCCGGAGCCCCACUGUUCCCAGCCAGAAUCCCAGUAGAUUGGCUGUAAUCUCAGACUCAGCAGAGAAGAGAGUAGCCAUCACUGAGAAACCUGUGGCCCCUUCUGAGGAUGACUCCACACUGCUGAGUCCAGGAGUAGACCCGGCGCCUGAAGGCCACAUGACUCCCGACCGUUUCAUCCAGGGACACAUGGAUGCCGACAUCUCCAGCCCACCCUGUGGCUCAGUGGAGCAAGGUCAUGGCAGCAAUCAGGAUUUAACUAGAAACAGUAGCACCCCUGGCCUUCAGGUACCUGUUUCCCCUACUGUUCCCGUCCAGAACCAGAAAUAUGUGCCCAAUUCUACUGAUAGUCCUGGCCCAUCUCAGAUUUCUAACGCAGCUGUCCAGACCACUCCACCCCACCUGAAACCAGCCACUGAGAAACUCAUUGUUGUUAACCAGAACAUGCAGCCACUUUACGUUCUCCAAACUCUUCCAAAUGGAGUGACCCAAAAAAUCCAAUUGACCUCUUCUGUUAGUUCUACACCCAAUGUGAUGGAGACAAAUACUUCAGUAUUGGGGCCCAUGGGCAGUGGUCUCACCCUAACCACAGGACUAAAUCCAAGCUUGCAAACUUCUCAAUCUUUGUUCCCUCCUGCUAGCAAAGGAUUGCUCCCCAUGCCUCAUCACCAGCACUUACAUUCCUUCCCUGCAGCUACUCAAAGUAGUUUCCCACCUAACAUCAGCAGUUCUCCUCCAGGCCUACUUAUUGGGGUUCAGCCUCCUCCAGAUCCCCAACUUUUGGUUUCAGAAGCUAGCCAGAGGACAGACCUCAGUACCACAGUAGUCACUCCAUCCUCUGGACUCAAGAAAAGACCCAUAUCUCGUCUACAGACCCGAAAGAAUAAAAAACUUGCUCCCUCUAGUACCCCUUCAAACAUUGCCCCUUCUGAUGUGGUUUCUAAUAUGACAUUGAUUAACUUCACACCCUCCCAGCUUCCAAACCAUCCCAAUCUGUUAGACUUGGGCUCACUUAAUACUUCAUCUCACCGAACUGUCCCCAACAUCAUAAAAAGGUCUAAAUCUGGCAUCAUGUAUUUUGAACAGGCACCCCUGUUACCACAGACUGUGGGAGGAACUGCUGCCCCAGCGGCGGGCACAUCAGCAGUGAGCCAGGACACUGGCCACCUCACUUCAGGGCCUGUGGCUGGCUUGGCAUCCGGUUCCUCCGUCUUGAAUGUUGUAUCCAUGCAAACUACAACCGCCCCUACAAGUAGUGCGCCAGUUCCAGGACAUGUCACGCUAACCAACCCGAGGUUGCUGGCUACCCCAGAUACCGGCUCAGUAAGCAAUCUUUUAGUUAAAGCUGGCCAGCAGGGCCUGGGGAUUCAGGACCAGCCUGUGGCUUUACCACCAAGUUCAGGAAUGUUUUCACAACUGGGGUCAUUACAGACUCCCUCUGCUGCUGCGAUGCCAGCUGCAUCUAGCGUCUGUGUCCUGCCCUCGUCUCAGACUGUGGGCAUACCGGCUGCUUCACCUUCCAGGGAAGCUGAAGAGCACUAUCAGCUUCAGCAUGUGACCCAGCUGCUUGCCAACAAAACUGGAAUCCUCUCCUCCCAGUGUGACCUUGACUCUGCUCCAGGGACCCAGGGGUCCAGCUUUACGCAGACGGAUGCUCCUAAUAGCAUGGGGCUGGAACAGAAGAAGGCUUUAUCCUCAGCUAGACAGGUCAACUCAGCCCCUCCUGGAGGCUCCCCAUCCCCUGGACAGCAGUCAGCAAGUCCCUCAGCGCCGGGUCCCAUGAAACCCAAACCGAAAAUCAAACGGAUUCAGCUGCCUUUGGACAAAGGGAAUGGCAAGAAGCACAAAGUUUCCCAUUUGCGGACCAGUCCUUCUGAAGCACACAUUCCAGACCAAGAAGCCAGCGCACCGUCCCUGACCUCGUCCACAGGGACUCCAGCAGCAGGGGCUGAGCAGCAGGACACCGCUGGGGCGGAGCAGACCUCACCAAAGGAGUGUGGGCAGCCUGCGGGGCAAGUGGCUAUCCUUCCUGAGGUUCAGACAACACAAAAUCCAGCCAAUGAACAAGAAAGUGCAGAGCCCAAGGCCGCGGAAGAGGAAGAGAGUGGCUUCAGCUCGCCACUGAUGCUCUGGCUCCAGCACGAGCAGAAGCGGAAGGAGAGCAUCGCCGAGAAGAGGCCCAAGAAAGGGCUUGUGUUUGAAAUUUCGAGUGACGACGGCUUUCAGAUCUGUGCAGAGAGUAUCGAAGAUGCCUGGAAGUCGUUGACAGAUAAAGUCCAGGAAGCCCGAUCAAAUGCCCGCCUAAAGCAGCUCUCAUUUGCAGGUGUGAAUGGUUUGAGGAUGCUGGGGAUUCUCCAUGAUGCGGUUGUGUUCCUGAUUGAGCAGCUGUCAGGUGCCAAGCACUGUAGGAAUUACAAAUUCCGUUUCCACAAGCCAGAGGAGGCCAAUGAACCGCCCUUGAACCCUCAUGGCUCAGCCAGGGCUGAAGUCCACCUGAGGAAGUCAGCAUUUGACAUGUUUAAUUUCCUGGCUUCCAAACAUCGGCAGCCUCCUGAAUACAACCCCAAUGAUGAGGAAGAGGAGGAGGUCCAGCUGAAGUCAGCGCGGAGGGCAACUAGUAUGGACCUGCCAAUGCCCAUGCGUUUCCGGCACUUAAAGAAGACUUCUAAGGAGGCUGUUGGUGUCUAUAGGUCUCCCAUCCAUGGUCGGGGUCUUUUCUGUAAGAGAAACAUUGAUGCAGGUGAGAUGGUGAUCGAGUAUGCUGGCAAUGUCAUCCGCUCCAUCCAGACUGACAAGAGAGAGAAGUAUUAUGACAGCAAGGGCAUAGGCUGCUACAUGUUUCGCAUUGAUGACUCUGAGGUGGUGGAUGCCACCAUGCAUGGGAACGCUGCGCGCUUCAUCAACCACUCCUGUGAGCCUAACUGCUACUCCCGGGUCAUCAAUAUUGAUGGACAGAAGCACAUUGUCAUCUUCGCCAUGCGCAAGAUCUACCGAGGGGAGGAGCUCACUUACGACUACAAGUUCCCCAUUGAGGACGCCAGCAACAAGCUGCCCUGCAACUGUGGCGCCAAGAAAUGCCGGAAGUUCCUAAACUGAAGCUGCUUUACCUCCGGUGUUGGAGUGCCAGGAGCCAGCCACCCAGAGCAGUCUGAGGCCUUGCAGCAGCUGGUUCAGGAUUGAGUGGGCACAGUUGAGGGGCCUCCGUGAUGGCUGAGCGCCCUUGUGUGUCCCGUAUUCACAUUGUACGUGUGAUCAUGGUCCUGGGGAGAGAUGAGGUCUCAGAGAAAAGAUCCGCAAUCUGCCUUCUGCUGGGGCCCCUCUGGUGAUACGCCUUUGAGAUGUGGGGAAAGGGAUCCCUAGUAGACUUGCCUGGAAGGAGCUAUGGGUUAGUUACGUUGGGAGGUUGGCCUGAGCAUCUCCUCAGAGAGAGGUUGCCAUCCUCUCCUUGGCCCUUUCUCAAGCACUGUAGCAAGGGGUCAGGCAACGCCCCAGGUGUGGGGUUGUUUGGGUCCCUGGCUGUUUGCCAGCCGGGCCCAGCCCGUAGCCAUCUGUUGAACAAACAGAAGGUCUGGUGGUUUCCCUGCUAUCUUCCCACCUGAGCAUUCACUUCUGGUUGGGAAACAAGAUUCUUAGCACCUUUGGUGUCAAAAGGCUGUCUUGGGGUUGUGCCAAUUACCAGACAUGGAGCCUGUGGGCUUUAAGUGGGAGUAUUAACCCCAUGAGCCUUAUCUCAGCCAAUCACCUUGACAGUAGGCGCAGCUUCCUUCUCAUUCCUUCUCUUCCCUCUACUUUUGUCCUUCCUGUUCUGCAUCCCACUGCUUUCCGUUCUCUCUGGUGGCAGGAGCCAGUGCCUCCCUGCUCAAGGACUCCCUGUUGGGCAUGCUGUGUGCGCCUGUGAGGACGCGCCCUGAGCCUGGAAGCACUCCCAGUGGGCAAGUGGGCAGGAGCCAUUGGCCAUAACCAGACAGAAUUAGGAGUUUCCUCAAAGCUCCACUGAGAGUUUUGAAGAAAUAUCUGUAGCCUGGUGUUUUAGAAGAGGAAAAGGUUAUUUAAAUAGUUGAAUCAUGCAACAGCCAGAGCGUCACACCCAGGACGACCUCUGGGCCCCAUUCCCGGGACAUGGUGACUUUAUUUUCUCGUUGCUAAGACAUAGGAAGACUUAACAUUUAAAUGGUCGAUGUCCAGUUGAAGGCACAACACUAAUCAGAUUUCAAGGCCCAAAACUUGGGGACUGACCACCUUGCAUUGAGGAAACUCGCCACCUGUGCAGAAUCCACGGAUAAAGUGAAUCAAAUGACACUACUGCCCUGAUCACCCUUAGGAUGUGGCCACACAGCAGCAACUGUUUCUCUCCCUCCCCCAGACAGUGUCCGGAACCUAUUAAAUUAAGUCAUCGGAUUUUACUCUGUUCUGUUUACAGUUUACUAUUUAAGGUUUUAUAAAUGUAAAUAUAUUUUGUAUAUUUUUCUAUGAGAAGCACUUCAUAGGGAGAAGCACUUAUGACAAGGCUAUUUUUUAAACUGCGGUAUUAUCCUAAUUUAAAAGAAGAUCGGUUUUAAAUAAGUUUUUAUUUUCAUAGGAUGAAGUUAAAGAAAAUAUUCAGCUGUACAUGCAAAGUCUGGUUUUUCCUGCCCAACUUCCCCUGGGAGGUGUGCUUUUUGUUGUUUAAUGUGCAGUUUGUUUGUGCCCUGUUGACAUAAACGUUUCCUGGGUUUGCUCUUUGACAAUAAAUGGAAAAGGAAGGUCACCCCGCUCCUUUGGGCCACUCCUCUCUCCGCACUGUCCUUCCUGGCCUGGCGCAGAGUGGUCAGAGGCGGUGAUCUACUUUCCUCAUCUUUCCCACUUCAGAGUUAGCAACCAAGUGGAAUGCACCCCGACAUUCCCGACACGUCUGCCUCGGAGACCACCUCGUUCCCUGCCCCGCCCACCACGCCCUGGUACCUGCAGAUGACCCACAGGCCCCAUGCCCUCUUCUGGGGCAGCCCGUUGAAACUGAAGCACAGUCUGACCACUCUCGAUAAAGCAGGUUUUCCUCGGCGUCAGCCACAAGGUUUCGGAGCAGUGGAGGCGGGAGGGCGCGGCCUCCACGCAGGACGCCCACUCCCACGGAAGCCUAGCCAAGCAACAGGGCGCGGCGCGCCGCUCCCGGCUCAUGGGCCUGCUGUGCCUUCCACCCUGGGCUCCCUGUUCUUCCGUGACCUUAAGGACUUUGUUGGGCGGCUUUGCUGGGACACUGUCACUGUUCCACUGUCACGCAGGGAGCCCAGCACUGUGGCCAGGAUGGCAGGCUUCCUUGCUGUUCUGGAGAAGUGCCAGCAGGGGCUGGGGAAAGCACUACCCAGACCUCACCUCCCUCCUCUUGCCCACGAACAAGACACAGUGGCCCCAGGGGUCCCACUAUUGUCUGGUUUCCUUUAUUAUUGCACUGUGUGAGGUUUUUUGUAAAUCCUUUAAUUCCUUUUUUUUUUUUUUUUUAAGGAAAAAACCUUAAGCUGCAUUUGUUACUGAAAUGAUUAAUGCACUGAUGGGUCAUGACUUCACCUUGAGAAAGACCCAAAGGCCAGUCUGGGGUGGGGGACUCAGCUGAACAGACCUGGUUACUGCCCUGCUAGGCCUCGCUGUACUGUGAGCCCCUCCUCGCUCUCCAUCAGUCCCAAGCCCCGAGCCAGGGGGAGCCCGCACCUUUCCCUCGGGCUGCAGCUGGUUUGCCUUGCCUUUCCCCUCCCCAUUAUAACCACAGAAACGAAUUCCACCGACAGCUCAGCCUUGAGUUCAUUGCCAAAAUUCAGCAUACCUGCCAGCAACUUGGGGAAUGAGCUAAGAAGGCAAAAGAUGGGAUAGCUAUCUUCAAAAUGACCGAAUUUGUUUUGAAAGUGAGCUAAGGAAUCUCCACACGAAAGUGCAGACUGAGGUACUGUGGUGGGUCAUUCCUAAGAAUCCCCCAAGGGGCACCCCAAUCCCUAAGGAGUCACAGGCUGCAAACCUGGCCAGUUCUCAGUGAGAACCAGCUCCCUUACAGCUUUGCUGCUAGAACCUGUUGUGGCUGCAUUUCCUGGUGGCCAGUGACAGCUGUGUCACCAGAAUAGCUGCAUGGCGCCGACCCUUUGGCCGGAACUCGGUCCCUUGGUCCCUCUGUUACUGUCCUCCACCUCCAGCACAACCCCUCCUUGUUUUUAGACCAAUAAGAAUUAAGGGGGAAGCCCUGGCAGCUAUAUAUGUUUUCGACCAGACUCCUUUGCUGGGAUCCAGUCCACCACCCUGCUUGCCUCUGUCCAACCCCCCGGCCAAUGCAGCGAGCACCAUGCAGCUCCCUUGAUUUCAAAAAAAACAAACAAAAAUCUUCUAAUGAAUGUAUCUUUCUAAAGGACUGACGUUCAAUCAAAUAUCCGAAAAUACUAAAGGUCAGAACCUUGUCAGAUGAUAACUUGUUUGAUUUGGGAUAUUUAAAUAGAAAUCAAUUUUUUUUCUUUUUAAGGAAAAGCGGGUCAUUGCAAAGGGCUGGGUGUAAUUUUGUUUCAUUUCCUUCAUUUUAAAGCAAUACAAGGUUAUAGAACAGAUGGUUUUAUGCUGAAUCAUGAAUACCAGUCAAGUCUCACACUCGGGAAACUUGCAACUUUUGUGUUUUGGUUUUCAAUAUAAAUAUGCUAUAUAUAGGAACUAAUAUAGUAAUGCACCAUGUAACAAGCCUAGUGCAGCCCACGGCUUUUAACUCUCAACACUAUAGGUAAGGGUUGUGUUACAGUUGCUCGUAGUGGCAGGAAAAUGUUGGCCUGGCGCUUCUCUGAUCCUCCAAAGUGGGGAGAAACCCAAACCACAAUGGGGGUGGUAGAAACAGCCCAUCCCAGGGGUCAGAAAGAUGCAGAAAUGGUGUCACCUGGAUCUGCCCUGCCAGUGAGUGUUGCCAGGCAGUACCUGUACCCCUUGUUUUUUCAUUUUGGUUAUGAAUGUUGGGGUUACCACCUGCUUUUAGGGGAAAUUGUGUUCUGUGCUCUCCUGGUAUCUUGUUCCGAGGUACUCUAGUUCUGUCUUUCAACCAAGAAAAUAGACUUGUGGUGUUUCUUUUCUUGAACUUUUAACAGUCUCUUUAGUAAAUACAGUAGUUGAAUAAUUGUUUCAAAAGCUCAACAGAUGACAAGCUUCUUUUCUAGAAAUAAGACACUUCUUGACAACUUUAUCAUGUAUAACAGAUCUUUUGGUUUUUUCCCUUGUGUUCUUCCAAGCUUCUGGUUAGAGAAAUAGAGAAAAAAUUUUAAAAAGGAAAAAAUGUGUCUAAAGUCCAUCAGUGUUAACUCCCUGUGACAGGGAUGAAGGAAAAUAACUUUAAUAGUUCAAAAAAUAAUAAUGCUGAAAGCUCUCUACGAAAGACUGAAUGUAAAAGUAAAAAGUGUACAUAGUUGUAAAAAAAAAAGGAGUUUUUAAACAUGUUUAUUUUCUAUGCACUUUUUUUUAUUUAAGUGAUAGUUUAAUUAAUAAACAUGUCAAGUUUAUCGCUGCA